UGAUAUUGAAGCAAAAUUUUGAAACAGAAAAAUGCUCUACUGUCAACUAUCAUCACGCAUUCGCAUACCUUAUGCAGUUUCAUUACAACCUAACACAACUUGGAGUACCAGUUCAAACUUGAGCAAUGAGAAGAGUGGUCAUUGCACAAGUGUCCCACGCAAUGCCAAUAUGGAGAAACUGCGAAGUGGAUAUUUGUUUCCCGAGAUAUCCAGGCAUGAGUUGGAACACACUCAGAAGUCUCCUCAUGCAAGGUUGAUAAGACUUGGCAUUGGUGAUACUACACAGCCUAUACCAGACAUCAUAACAUCUGCUAUGGCGGAGCAUGCGCAUGCUCUAUCAACUGUUCAAGGUUAUAGAGGGUAUGGAGCUGAGCAAGGCAAUAUGGCAUUGAGAAGGGCUAUUGCAGAAACAUUUUACAGAGAUUUGGGUGUUAAAGGAAAUGAAAUUUUCGUUUCAGAUGGUGCACAGUGUGACAUUUCCCGUCUUCAGAUGCUUCUGGGUUCGAAUGUCUCAGUGGCUGUACAGGACCCAUCUUUUCCGGCUUACAUAGAUUCCAGUGUUAUUGUUGGUCAAGCUGGCAAGUUCCAAGAGGAAACAGGGAAGUAUGAGAAUAUUGUGUACAUGAAGUGUGGGCAUGACAACAACUUUUUUCCAGACCUAUCGACAACUUCAAGAACAGACAUCAUUUUCUUUUGCUCUCCCAACAAUCCAACUGGUUAUGCUGCAUCAAGGCAGCAGUUAAAGCAACUUGUGGAGUUUGCUAAGGCAAAUGGAUCAAUAAUCAUUUUUGACUCUGCCUAUUCUACUUACAUAUCAGAUGAAAGCCCAAGAUCAAUCUUUGAAAUUCCUGGAGCCAAAGAGGUUGCCAUAGAAAUUUCCUCCUUCUCCAAAUUUGCUGGCUUUACUGGCGUUCGCCUUGGUUGGACAGUGGUACCUGAAGAUCUCACGUACUCUAAUGGAUUUCCUGUCAUGAAGGAUUAUGAUCGAAUUGUAUGCACCUGUUUCAAUGGUGCAUCUAGUGUUGCUCAAGCUGGUGGACUAGCAUGCCUUUCCAAAGAAGGUUACAGGGCCUUAACUAGAGUGGUUGAUUACUACCGGGGCAACGCUGAAAUAAUUGUUGACACAUUUGCAUCUCUUGGGUUGAAGGUGGAUGGAGGCAGAAAUGCACCAUAUGUGUGGGUGCGCUUUCCUGGUUAUAGUUCUUGGGAGAUAUUCAGUGAAAUUCUUGAGAAAACACACAUUGUGACAGUGCCAGGCAGAGGAUUUGGUCCUGGUGGCGAAGAGUAUAUCCGAGUCAGUGCAUUUGGCCAUAGAGGAUGUAUUUUGGAAGCUUCCAGGAGGCUGAAAAAUCUUUAUAAGUGA